AUGGGGAACCAAGCAGGAUUUCCAGGUGCUGGUGGCAGACGUCAGCCUACCGAGGAAGAGAAGAAACGACAAAGGGAGAGGAGGCUUGAAGACGAGAAAAGAAGAGAAGCGGCUCCAUUAAAAAUUGGCAGGAAGAAAAAGAAGAAGAGCGUUUAUGAUGCAGUUAAGCUGCCAAAAGUUACUCCAAGCGGGAAGUGUAGGCUAAGACUUCUCAGGCAAGAACGGAUCAAGGAUUAUUUAUUGAUGGAGGAAGAAUAUAUUAAGAAUCAGGAAAGACUCAAACCACAGAACGAGAAAAAGGAGGAAGAACGCAGUGUAGUCGACCUUAUCAGGGGGACACCCAUGAUUGUGGGUUCGUUAGAGGAAAUCAUAGAUGAAAACCAUGCUAUUGUUAGCCCACAUGCAGGUUCUGAAUACUAUGUCUCAAUGAUGUCCUUUGUUGACAAGGACCAACUUGAGCCGGGCUGCUCUGUUCUCCUCAACAGCAAGAAUUACGCUGUUGUCGGAAUUAUGACUGAUGAUGUCGAUCCAAUGGUGAGUGUGAUGAAGGUAGACAAAGCUCCACUAGAAAGUUACGCAGACGUUGGAGGUCUUGAAAAACAGAUUCAAGAAAUUAAAGAAUCAGUUGAACUUCCUCUCACUCAUCCUGAAUUUUAUGAAGAUAUUGGUAUCAAGCCUCCAAAAGGUGUAAUUUUGUACGGAGAACCUGGUACAGGAAAAACUUUGUUAGCAAAAGCAGUAGCUAACCAGACCUCUGCAACCUUUCUAAGAGUUGUGGGAUCAGAGCUUAUCCAGAAAUAUUUGGGAGAUGGACCCAAACUAGUCAGAGAAAUUUUCCAAGCAGCUGAAGAAAUGGCUCCAUCCAUCGUAUUUAUAGAUGAAAUUGACGCUAUUGGUACUAAGAGAUAUGACUCUAAUUCUGGUGGAGAGAAAGAAAUCCAAAGAACCAUGCUUGAGUUACUGAACCAGCUCGAUGGAUUUGACUCCAGAUCGGAUGUAAAGGUCAUUAUGGCUACGAAUAAAAUUGAGACUCUAGACCCGGCACUUAUCAGGCCAGGUAGGAUUGAUAGGAAGAUUGAGUUCCCACUGCCAGAUGUAACAACAAAGAGGAGAAUCUUCCAGAUUCACACUUCUAAAAUGUCCCUUUCAGAUGAUGUAGACCUUGAAGAAUUUGUACUGUCCAAGGAUGACAUUUCAGGGGCUGACAUCAAAGCCAUCUGCACUGAAGCAGGGCUAUUAGCCCUGCGUGAGAGAAGGAUGAAGAUAUCCAUGUCUGACAUGCGAAAGGCCAAGGAGAAGACCAUGUACAAGAAGAAAGGGAACAUUCCUGAUGGGCUCUAUCUCUAA